GCCUGCUGACGGAAAGCUUUGUGGAUGAACCCAACGGGUUGGUGUCCGUCAACUUGCUGGUCAUCUCUUCUGUGGCUGCCUUCGUCAUCGGAGCAGUGAUCUCGGGCUUUAGCGUGUGCUGGUUCAUCGGGCAUCGAGACCGUAAGGAACUGGCCCGCCGGAGAGACAAGGAGAACAUCCUUGCUCACGGAGAAUCCGUGGUCAGUGUCAGCCGGCUGGGAGAUCGGCGCUCCCGGGGACCUGGCAGCCAACCAGAGAACUUGUUGGCUCCGCUCAUGCAGAACGGGUGGCCCAAAGGACUGAUUAAGAUGGGCCCGCAUGACCUCGAUUCAGGGGUACUCCCCACCCCGGAGCAGACCCCCUUGCAGCAAAAGCGGUACCCCAAGCCGUGCAGCUGGGAGUACAGCCACAAUCUCAUUAACGCUUCUCUGCGCGGCGGAGACCCGCCAUCCUCGGUUAUCCUUCUCCAUGCGGGACACACCCCAGUGCCAUCGCACCUGAGCUCCGGACGAGUCAUCCCCAUUUCCUGCCACUCCGUGUUGAUGGACCAAGAACUGGACAGCGAGGGAGCAGACCUCUCGCUAGACAUGCGCUAUCUCCCGGUGAGCGGUGGUGAGGGACCGAGGGGUAUCCAAUCCCAGCCAGGCCUGCUGGUGCAUCGACCUUGCGGGACGCGGAGCUCAUACGGCAGCGAGCUGCCGAUCACGCCGCACGACAGCCCCGAUCGUCGGCGGGUGGUAUCCGCUCCGACCGGGGACACGGGCAAUCAGUGGAAUCCCGAGAAGCUGAACUUUAAUAGUAACAGCACGGGCAGCAAGGGAAGUGCUCACCUGAGGCGCACCCACACAUUCAACAGUGGGGAAGGUCAGGCCCCCCACGCCCGAGCCCAGCGGACAUCGACGCCGGGACCCCAUCACACCCUCACAGACUACAGUCAUCUCUUGAAAUACAGUGGCGCAGAACGGACUCCAUCUUCGGUCAAAUAGGGCUGGUCAGGGGUGUGUGGCUUGGCUUGGCAACCUUCUUCCUCACACGAGGGGUGGGGAUUUUUGCUGCAGAGAGGAAGAGGAGGAGGAGGAGGAGGAAGAGGAGGAGGAGGAAGAGCAAAGCAGGAAAACAACAGUGAGAGAUGCUUGAUUCCCCCCGUAGGUGGCUUGGAACGACCGGAAUGCCCCACUUCCCAAAGCGUUCCAGAUCUGCGCGAGAUACAAAAAAAAAAAAGGAGGUUCUUUUCUUCGUGUGUGCGUGUGUGUGUUUUUGGGGUUCUCUUCAUCCUGGCGCUUCCUCAUUGGAUACUUCCUUGCCUUUGCA